AUGACAACUAAUAGAUUCUUUAAUUUAAAAAGAGAUGAUUCAUAUCUGGCAAAAAUUACGCAUGAUACUAUAGUAUAUGGAGAAAAUUUAUUUAAAAUAAUUUCAAAGACAUUUACAAAUCAUAAACCUGAAAUUAAAAAUGAAAUUACAAGGGACUCUUCUGAUUCCAUCUCUUUUUGUUCUGAAGUUCUUCCUUUUUAUUGUAAAUCGGAAGUAAUACAUCAAGGAUCUAUUUUCAACGUUCGUUUUGGUCAUUCAAGUAUUUUAUAUAAUAAUUUCAUUUAUAUAUAUGGAGGUAAUCAGCAAAUUUCUAAUUUCGAUCCAAAAUUAAUACAGUAUAAUAUUGAUACUCAAAUUUUUAAAAAAAUAGAUGAAAUAAAUCAACCUAAACCACGCUAUUUUGCAACAUUAAAUUUAAUAUAUUCAAGUGAGUUAAAUGAACAUUGUUUAUUUCUUUAUGGGGGAAAGAGAGAUUCAUAUAUUACAAAUGAUACUUAUAUUUUUAUUAUAAAUAAAAGUACCUGGAAACGUAUCAAUACUGAAUUUUCUCCACCACCACUUUAUGGCCACGUUUCUUUUAAAUAUAAAAAUAUUGUCUUUAUUCAUGGAGGAUAUAUGGGGAACUCAAAAACAAAUAAUGAUAUAUGGUGCUUUUUUGAAGAAGAAAAAAAAUGGGUAAAAGUUAUGAGUAAAAGAGAAUAUUACAAAAGAGAUGCCUCUAAACCAUAUGGUAGAUAUUUUCACUCAUGUGCUCUUUGUAUUUCUAAUCAAGGAAAUGAUAUAAAGGUUUAUAUAUUUGGUGGAUUAAAUGAUAAUCAUAAGUGUGUGCAAGAUGUUUUUUGGUCUUAUUCAUUAAAUAAUGGAAAAUGGAACCAUAUUAAGAAUUCUAUCGGUGAAAUGCCUAUGGAAAGAUUUGGCCAUAGUUCAAUAGUUUUAAAUGGAAGAUGGUUUAUUGUAUUCGGUGGAUAUAAUUCUACCUGGUAUUGCAAGCCACAACUUUUAGAUAUACAUGCUUAUGAUAUAAAAUUAAAUACUUGGUCAAACCUAAAUGUUUAUGGUAUGUCACCAGUAACUCAUCAUUUUUAUGGAAAUAUUGUUCAAAUGGAUGAAAAUGGUUAUUUUUUUGUUUUUGGUGGUUUAAGAAAUAAUGAACCUUGCUCUAAUGUAUAUAAAUACACUCCCUUAUUUGCAUCGCAUUAUUUUAAAAUUCUAAAUAAUAAAAUAGAUGAAUUACAUAAAAGAGUAGAUUCUGUUGGUAUCAAUCCAAAAAAAGUAUUAAAUCCUUUACUCAGAAAAGAAAUAAAAGAAAUAAAAGAAUUCUUAAGUGGAAUUACCUUAACAUUUGUUAGAUAUAUUCAAUUAAUAAGUGAUAUAAAUGAAAAAGUAAAAAUUUCCAAUAAACUAGCCAAAAUAGAUUAUUCACGUUUAUCAAAAAGGUUCGAAUCUCAUGAAAAAUAUUAUCAAGACUUAAAAAGAAGAAUUCAAGCAUUGGAUAACACCACGGUAGAUUCCUUAAGUAAAUUAGAAGAGGAAUUACCAAAAGAUAUCAAUGAAAAAGAUAAUGUAACGAAUCAAAGUCCCAAUUCUUCAUUUUCUAGUGAAGAAAAUAAUGAAGUAAAUUACGAAUCAUUAGUAUAUGAAGGAAUUAAUGAAAAUAAAAAGGAAUGA